AUGUCCUGGAAAUUAGGCACCUCCAAAAAGUCCAACUUGAAGGAUGCCAAAGAGAAUGGCGUCGUCUCACGAUCCGUCACCCCGAUACCGUCGCGGCCCACAACUCCCAAGCCUCCUGGUGCUAUCGACCAGCAAGCUCACCUUCGAUCUGGUAUGCUUACGAUUCGUAUCUUCUCUGGGCGCGGUCUCUCCUUAGCACCUGGCGUGCAUGUCCCAGAGGUCAUCCAAAAAGCGCUUGACAACCCACCUGCACGAAGAUCAGCAAGCAACCGCGAAAGCAUGCAGAGGAGGCGAUUGUGGUGGCUUCCAUAUGUUGUCCUUGAGUUCGACAACAAUCAAGUUCUGGUAGACGCCAUGGGCGGAGAUCUAACUAACCCUGUGUGGUCGUACCGGGCAGACUUUGAUGUGUCCCGCACAUCGACAAUAUCAGUCUCGUCAUAUCUUCGAACCGCCGCUGCUGUACACAGCCAAGAAGAUAUGGGUAACGACCUGCUCAUGGCUCGUGUAGAUCUUACUCCUGUACUUGAUGGACAUCAUGCUUCAGAUCAAUGGUACAUUGCCACCGCUGGCACUGGCUCGUUUCACCUCAAAAUCGACUACAAACCAAUAAGGAACGAGUCUUUGACUAUUGAUGCAUUCGAUUUGUUGAAAGUGAUUGGCAAAGGGAGCUUCGGUAAAGUGAUGCAAGUGCGCAAAAAGGAUACGCAGCGGAUAUAUGCUCUCAAGACGAUUCGAAAAGCCCAUAUCGCAUCACGCCCCGGCGAAAUCACACACAUAUUGGCUGAGCGGACGGUACUGGCACUGGUCAACAAUCCGUUUAUCGUGCCACUCAAAUUCUCUUUCCAAAAUCCUGACAAGUUAUACCUCGUAAUGUCAUUCGUCAAUGGCGGCGAACUAUUCUAUCAUCUGCAGAGGGAAGGUAAAUUUGAUCAGGAUCGCAGCCGAUUUUACGCCGCAGAACUUCUAUGUGCACUCGAGCAUUUACACGGAUUUAACGUAGUUUACCGCGACCUGAAGCCUGAAAAUAUAUUACUCGAUUACACAGGUCAUAUCGCUCUUUGUGAUUUUGGUCUUUGUAAGCUCAACAUGUCAGAGACAGAGAAAACAAACAAGCUACUCGAGAGCCAGGGGUACACGAAGACAGUUGACUGGUGGACGCUCGGAGUCCUGCUCUACGAAAUGAUGGUGCGCCCUUCGAAACAUUUGCCUCUGACCAUGACUCGAUCAAAUGUACAGACGGGAUUACCCCCUUUCUAUGACGAGAAUGUCAACGUGAUGUACCAACGCAUCCUCAGUGACCCACUUGUAUUUCCUUCGGAUAUGCCAUCAGAGGCCAGGAGUGUCAUGAUCGGUCUCCUUCAGCGUGAUCCUGCCCGACGUCUGGGAGCAAAUGGCGGUGAAGAGAUCAAGCGACAUCCUUUCUUUGCCAAAUAUGUUGACUGGAACAGGCUGCUACACAAAAAGAUUCAACCACCGUUCAAACCAAGUGUUGAAUCCGUACUCGAUGUGGCUAAUUUCGACCCGGACUUCACUAACGAAGACCCUCAAGACUCUGUUGUUGAGGACUCUGCUCUUUCGUCUACCGUGCAAGAGCAGUUUAAGGGAUUCACGUAUAAUCCCGCCAAUGAGCACCUCAGCGAGAGCGUCAACUAUGGACACGCAAUGGGUUAA